AUGAUCCUUUCAUGGAGAUCUAGACAGUUGUACAAUAUUUGACUGGAAUUCAAACGGGAAAAAACCAGCCGACGAAAGAAAUGUACAUCGUGUAUUCCAUCGGUGGCGGAAGUUUUAAUGCCCUGCAUGCGUAAAAAACCUCACGGAGAUAUUGUCGAGAGCGGAAUAGAAGAAUCUACCCGAGCCAUCCUCGGAACCCCUUCUGCUGAUUAGCUGCUACUACUUUCAACUGAUUGUUGAAGCUGGUAGCCGCGCGCAAGCAGUGGCAAUAGCGGCACUUUCCCUGCGCGACCUGACUCAGCUGAUAUGAGAUGACUGGCAGUCAUGAGCUGCACACUCGCAGCUGAGACUGCGGUGACCUCUGGUCACUGUCGCUGGGUCUACAGUAAGUGUCAUCCAUUAUCUUCUAAUUUCUCCUCAAUUGCAUUUAUUAAGUCGUGCUGUGUGCCAGAUCGUGCCCGUUAAAAACCUGAACUGUUGAGAAUAGUUAUGUCCCAGCUUCGUCUAGAGGGGAUGAACACUGCGACAUUCUCAGGACCUUAUUGCCUCACAAAUUCUUCACAGUAGCUUGUGGAAUUUCAUGUCGUAGGAUUCCAUCUUACACAUCAGAACAGAAGCUUGCAGGAAUUGUGAUUUUAAGACUUGCACAUCCGCUAGAGCUGCUGGCCCAAUGCCCUCCCGUUCUUUCGACGUUUCAAUUUUCGGCAGGUUCUCCUAUCGUGCUGGAUAUCUCAGCUCCAAGGGACCACAUGAAAUUCUUCUUGCGAAGUGAAGUUUGUGCGAGGAGGGCACUUUGAAAUUCACAUACAGAUGCCGUCUUCCAAGGUUUCCGACAGGAUUGAUCACAACCGCACAUCAUCAUUUGCCAUCGUUCUGCAAGUCAAUGUUUUUUCUGAACGGGUACAAUCUUCGUCCUCAACUUAAGGAGUCUUGAACUGCAAACGUUAGAGAUUUCAUCGCUCUCUGCCGGAGCAGCCAGUCGGGCUGGGAAUAGGCAUAAGCUGAAGAGGACAUAACGUGGAGAGAAGGGCUCCUUGACGCACGAAUGCGAGAUGGAGUUGAUUCGCCUUGUCCCUGUCCGUGUCUGUGCCCGAUAUACGAUAGAGCGGGAGAAACGUGAGCUUCAGAAAGAUCUCCUGACCUGAGGUGUGCGCAAAUUGCUCCUAUUUAGGAAGUGUAUGCAUUUGCAGCACAGGGUACGUGGACGAGUGACUGGUUAGUUCCCGGAAGAAGUGAACUGCAAGAGUUGUGAGACUUUUAAUCUCUCUUUCAUCUGUGUGGACGACGAAAAGUGACAUGUACAACUUGGAGUUUUUCAGCUGAGUAUAGUGAACGUCAAUCUGCAACAAAGUAUCUUGCUCGAACUCGCUACGAUACGUGCAUGAUGUCGGGCAGGGGUUGGAGUUUGCACGGGAGAUGGCGCUCUACUUGCAGCGACGAAUAGUUGGCAUUCCGCUUCACGACAUAACUCUGAGCUGCGCAAAUUUGCAUGUACUCUGUCUUCGCGCAGUAGCCACUAGUCGUUCUUAAACAAUUUUCUGAACUGUUCUAUGGCGAGCACACAGACACACAUACUCCCUCUCUCCCUCUCCUUAAUAUACUAAUUCGGGACAUUCAUUGAUUGAUCGAGUUCAUCUCUUCCUACUGCGACUUAGUACUCGAUUCAUGACUGUGCCACAGUAUUCCAGUGUUCAUAACGCUGAGAAAUGUGAACAGAGUACCCGUCCUUCCGCAAUCUGUACCAGAGCACUCUGUCCGACUCGUCUCAUUGGAAUCAGUCCUGUCGACCUGUUAUGGAGUCAUGUACACCUUUUAUGGUCCACAAGUGCGUCCCGACUUGGAACUGCAAGGGGCGAGUCCUGAUUUUUGAACACGAUCCUCGACGUCAAAGCUCGACCUGUGCACUGAAACCUUUCCACCCAACAACGUGCACAUGUACUUCCAGUGCACGUAUUAAUAUUCUUUCCGAGUAGGACAAUGAACCCCAGUGGACUCUAGCGGAUCGUUCGUCCUCGCCCUCGAGUUAUGUGACAUCAAACACUUCACUCAUACACCAAGAGCAUCGUCGACAGAGGACGUGCGAGGCACUGGAUGAAGCCCACAAUGUACAGCUUUUCCCACUUUGGAUGAGCUGAAUCCAGCUAUCAGCAAUCUGUCCGUCCCUGUGUAAUUAUACCGAUUCGCAACGACGGUAUGUAACCGACCAGGUCCUUGAGCUCGAUGCGAGGAUAGAAAGUCCAACAGACCUGAUGCUCAUCCAAUCGAAAUCCGAGUAUUCGCUGUGACCUCGCAAAGCAACUUUAGCUUUAGCUUCCGACUGCAUCGCUGGGAAAAGCUGGAAACGACAACCCCAGUGCUGAUGCUUUCCUCGGCUCGUUGCAUUCACCUCUUCUACGCACCUGUCACCUUCUUCAAGUUGGGUGUUCGGCCUACGAGGAAGAAUAAUAAUACUCCUGCUAGCGACGCUAUGACCCCGGCUGGAAUCUCAGCAGACACAUGGAUGGGUGCAGAUUUACUAUAUGGGGCAGAGAAUCCGGGGAUUCGGAUUUUGCUUCUACUGUCUAAUUAUUUGUAAUCUCCUCUGCGGCUUUCAUGGAAUGAUCACUUUGGCACUCGAGACAAGAGUGUGAGAACUGUAGUCUCCUUUUCUGCUCGCGCUGUCAAGGCGGGUGUCGAAAAACUAAGCAUGUAUUUGUGAUACGGAUGCGAGCAGCAGGGACUGAUAUGGUGGACUCUACUCGCUCGCGUGGUCGGUUCUAGAGCAGGAGAUCUGAUUGUCAUCGGAAGGUAAAUUUCCGGUUUCUCGAUCGUCAGCGCGUGGGGGGACUGACUGCCGGCCUUUACAGCUGACGGUCGUACGAGUUGCCUCGUCAUCCAUCCAUCGGCACCCCACUUCCGACUUGCCGCUUACUUCUGCCCAUAAGAAACUCGGAUUGAAUGUCGAAGACGCCACGCCACGCGCAACGUCAGCAUCGCGCCUGCUCUGGUGUAUGACGUAUGACCACGACACCGUACUAUGAGUACGGUCACUCUCGUUUCAAACCGCUAGUGUACGAUACCCCACAGUAUAGUACAGUCACACACAUAUGUACAGUAUUUGUUACGGUAUACGUCCUGCGGCAGCGUCAGAGGGAACAACAAAUCGAAGCAUGGGAUGAGUUCCGAGAUUUUCAAGGCCAUCAUGUUCUGUCAUGUCCGAGCCCGCUUACUGGGGCGUUGUGGAGAGUCAAGAGCGCCUGGUUGAGUGCAACAUCACGCUCUGAUUCUUAUGUAUCAAAGACUCUAUCUUAUUUAUUGGUACAGAGACAUGACAAAAACAAUGUCCAGUUGGAAAGAAUUGGUCAGCGGUAC